AUGACGGCGAUCUACAUCAAGAACCGCCUGCCUUCACCCAAGAUCGACCACAAGACUCCGUUCGAGAUCGUGUACAAGUCGAAACCAAGUGUCAAGCACAUGCGCGUGUUUGGAUGUCGGGCGUUUAUCCUGACACCAAGGGAGAAGCGAUUGAAGUGGGACCCGAAGGCUCGUGAAGGGAUAUUCAUGGGCUACGAAGAAGUGUCAAAAGCUUAUCGAGUGUACGACAUUGAGGCGGACCAAGUGGUGAUCAGUCGUGACAUCACCUUCGACGAAUCGACUUUUGACUUUUCGAUGGACCGACCAAGUGACGAUGAUGAAGAUGCGGAGUUGGAUCUCGACCUCCUGGCGAUCAACGAGGACGACGUGCGUCAAACUGUCUACAAGCAGACUGGCAAGCGCAAGAGUGAAGCAAGACCCGGCAUGUCACGUUCAGCUCGCCCUCGAACUGGAUUGGAACAAGCAAGUGCGCCGGCACACGUCUCCAACCGUCACCAGAAACGACGAUCAAGUGCUCCAGAAACGAUGUCUGAUGACGAAGAAGAUGCAAGCGUCAACGAUCAAGAUGACGACUUGACGCCUCCAACAUUUUGGCGUGCAAGUGCAAACGCAGUGGAAGCAACGGACCUAGCAGAACCUGUGACUUUUCAAGACGCGAUCAAUGGUCCUGAUCAAGCCUCACUGGCGAAAUGCUGUGAAGGCGGAACUCAAGUCGAUGCAUCUUCGUGGAGUUUUCCGUGCGGCAUGUUGAAAAGACAGCGGCUGUGA